CCACAGUAAGAGUAACGAAGCGAGCGAUAUUGGUUUCACCUCUCUAUACGCAAAAAUUCACAAGCUCUCUCUCUGUGUCGCGCCUGCUGCCGAGCCAUGGUCUACAUUACCUCGUGGGAUGAAUUCGUCGAGCGUUCUGUGCAGCUGUUCCGUUCCGAUCCCAAUUCAACGCGGUACAACAUAAAGUAUCGGCACUGCGAUGGGAAACUGGUUCUUAAGGUCACUGAUAACCGUGAGUGUCUCAAGUUCAAGACAGACCAGGCACAGGAUGCCAAGAAGAUGGAAAAACUCAAUAACAUAUUCUUCACUCUGAUGGCCCGGGGCCCUGAUGUGGAUAUAUCAGAAGUGACGGGCAAAGAACAGGUUGAUGCACAGCCAACCAAGAAAGGAAGGGGGAGGAAGCAAUGACUUUUCAUUGACUACUUCACUAAUAGGUUUCACGUACUUCUCUAAACCCAUUGAUGAGUUAUAAUCUUUAUCUACAUGAUUUCAGUUAAUAUUAUCGUCUUACUUUUAUCAGAGUCAAAUAGAUUACUAAAGUUCUGCAAUGAAUUUACCGUAUGCUGUUCCCAUUUUUCCUAAAAAAUUUUGGUGUCUAGUUCUUCUUCUAUAUUGAGAAACAUUUUCACAAGUUUCCACCUCAUUACACCGAUUUGCUACUAUACUUACAGAUGUGCUUUCAUCUUAGGCCAAAACUUCAUUGUAUUUAGUUCAAUGUAAUUGAAGAAAUUAACCACCAUGGAUUGUGGUCAUUCAGGGACUUUAGGAGAAUGGGUUUUAGCCCAUAGUGUCCAUUUACCUAGGAUACCGCAAUCCUACAAGUUUUCUAACAAUCUAGGGUCCUAAUACUCGUGGAUGCAAAAGAAAAA